AUGCCUCGAGACAAAACGCAACGACCGAGAGGCUCGUCGUUGCCUGUCCGCCCAAGUGGCCUCACCCCCCCUGAGACCCUUCAAUCCGACGCAACUGGCGACCACUCAACGUCUGAAUUGGCAGGCCAGCGUUGGGACCUUUCCCCCAUUAGGUACUGUGGGCGAGACCAUCAGAACAGGGCUAUCCAGUACCCACCUCCAAGACCAGCGUUGCCUUUCCGUCCAAUUUGCCUGGGCAUCCCUAGACCCUUUGACCCAACGCAGCUGGCGACCAUUCCUCAAACUAUCAAUCGUCUCAAAUGGCAGGCAACGCCUAAACCCUUGGAUGCGGCGACCACCCCUCCACCAAACCUCUCACUCACCGCCGCGGACACCCAAACCCCUAUUGCUCACCCCUUGCCCAAUCAGAAUUCAAACCCCUAUUGCUCACCCCUUGCCUAA